AAACCCGGAAGUGGGUUUCUGCAUGUUUGUUUCCACAUGUUUGGUUUUUACACGUCUUCUUCAUGAGGACUGAAGGAUUUAUACCUGAGGAAUGAAAACCGGAGGUUUCACAGCGAGUUAAAGACACAUCUCAAGAUGUUGAGCGACUCCGAAGCUGCAGAGCUGCUGUCCUUCUUGUCCCCUGGGACUCGUCCCGAUGUCAAAGCGCAGGCCACAGAAUACAUCCUGGGACUGUCGGGACACAGAGAUGGCUGCCGUUUCCUCCAGACUAAACCCGACCUAAUAGCCUCCCUGUUUGCGCUGACCUCUGACCCCUCUGUUGCCAUAGUGAAGGACUGUUUCCACGUCCUCAUUAACCUGUCAGCUGAUGAGACUCUGCACCAGGUUUUGGUGUCAGAGCUCAAAGUUCUUCCAGUGUUGUUGAAGAACCUUGUGGAUCCAGAGUACCUGUUCUCGGAUCAGAUCUCCACCAUCCUGUCAAACCUGACCCGCCAUGAGAAGACCUGCAGGACCGUCUUCAAGGUCCUGCAGGAGGAUGUGGGUUUGGUCAAGCUGGUGGAGAUCUUCUGCAACGAGAGCUUCAACCAGAAGGCCAAACUGAACUACCUGGGUCCUCUGCUGUCCAACCUGACCCAGCUCCCCGAGGCCAGAACCUACAUGAUGGACCGGGACAGGUGUGUCCUCCAGAGGCUGCUGCCCUUCACUCAGUACGAGGCGUCGGUGGUGAGAAGGGGCGGAGUCAUAGGAACGCUGCGUAACUGCUGCUUCGACCACGCUCAUCACGAGUUCUUACUGAGCGACGCCGUGGACAUCCUGCCGUUCCUGCUGCUGCCGCUGGCCGGUCCGGAGGAGCUGACAGACGAAGAAAACGAUGGUCUUCCUGUGGACCUGCAGUACCUCCCAGAGGACAAGAAGAGAGAGGAGGACCCCGACAUCAGGAGGAUGCUGCUGGAGACACUCCUGCUGCUGACGGCGACCAAAUCCGGCCGACGGACGCUGAAGGAGAAGAAGGUUUAUCCGAUCAUGAGGGAGUUCCACCGCUGGGAGAAGGACCCUCAGGUCACGGCGGCCUGCGAGAAGCUCGUCCAGGUGUUGAUCGGAGACGAGCCGGAUCCGGGCAUGGACAACCUGAUGGAGGUGGAGAUCCCGAAGGACGUGGAGGAGAAACUGAAGGAGGCUGACGCCAGAGAGCAGGAGGAGCUGCAGAAGGAGCAGGAGAGGAGGAGUCAGGAGGAGCAGGAUGGGGAGCGAACAGAAAAGAGCAGAGUGGAGGGAGAAGAUUCAACCCGCUCCGAGUAAUUCUUUCUUUACACGUUUGGUUCAAAGUGGUCCUGGUCUUCUCUGGUCCAAGAAACGGACCUAAGACCAAAGAGCCCUGCAGACUUUCUGAAAACUCCACGGAUGAAGAGGAUCUGAGAGACCUGAACCAGGACCUUUGGUUCUGAACCAGAAUGGUGGAUCUCUCGUAUGGUGGACCUGGAGGAUCCUUCGGCUGAGGUCCAGUUUUCAGCUGACGACUCUUGACUUGUCUUGGUGUUGCUCCCUGAAGGAAUGCAUGUCGCCCGCCAAGGCUCUGGUUGAAAUAAAAACCUGUUGGAGCUCAGAGUUUGUUGUGAGUGACUCUCAGCUACUACCACCCCAACGAGACACAAGGGAAACAACAGACUGAUGUGUUCUGAUCAUUAAAAGAAUAAAACA